AAGUCCCCUGCUCCCUGCCCUGAUCAGCAAAAACCAAACUGCUUUUGUUAAAGGGAGACUUAUAGGGGAAAAUAUAUUAAUGGCUCAUGAGUAGAGAUGGCAACCAAACCCGAACCCACGGGUACCCACCCGACCCAAUCCGGUCAACGCGGGUAAAAUCCGUGUUGACGGGUUUUGGGUCGGGUUUGGGUUUAAACCCGUUCACUAUUCAUCGGGUUGGGUUUGGGUUUAGGUAAACCCGACCCGUGGGUACCCGCCCACACAUAUAAUUAAUUUUCUCGGUAUAUUUAAUAUUUUAAACAACUAAUUUUAUUUAUGUUUGUGGAGACAUGUCUAAUUUUUUCUUUAUAAUUGUGUAGAAUGAAGUUUGUGUUAUCGAGUAGAGAGUGAAGAAACUUAAUUGAAAGGAUGAAGCCUUCAAUUAAUCAUGUUAUUUAUGGAUAAUUUAUGAUUUACUUCAAUUUUCUUGAGUUUUCUAGAUUGGUGUUGAACAAUUUGUAUAGUUAAUUUGUGAUUUGCUUGAAUUUUCUAGAAUGGUGUUUUAAAUAUGGAUAAUUUGUAUUGAGAGAUUGAUAUUUGACUUUAAUUUUGGUAUGAACUUGUUAUUGUAAUUUUUUUACGACAAAAACCCGUGGGUACCCAUGAACCCGCGGAUACCCAGCGGGUUGGGUUUGAGUUUUUCAAACCCAGUGGGUUUCACCCCGGGUUUUUUUCACGGAUAAACCCAUGGGUUUGGGUUUGGCAAAACCCGACCCAACACGACCCAUUGCCAUCCCUACUCAUGAGCUUGGUCCUCGGAGUUGAUGCUUCGGUGUUUUUUAGUUCCCAAUUCUGCAUUUGUACUCAGAUUAAUGAAUUGGAUUUUCCUAUGUUGUGGUGUUUGUCUACAUUAGUUGUGUUGAUGCAAUAAGGGCUAUCCAACUAGCUCAACUUCGUGAAAUUUGUGAUGGGCUUGAUACUCCUUAUGUGGUUAUUGGGGAUUUUAAUGAGAUUCUUCAUGGGAGUGAAAAGGAUGGCGGAAAUCCUUGAAAUGCGGCCCAAGCGGCUGAUUUUCGGAAUUUUGUCCAUGAUCUUGGUCUCCAUGACCCAGGGUACCAAGGGGACCAGUUUACAUGGACAAAUAAGCGCAUGGGAGCGGCAUGUAUCCGUCAACGACUAGACAGGGCGCUUUGCUCCCAGAGCUGGGUUGAUCUCUUUCCUGAUACUCUGGUCAAGCACUUCACGGACCAGGGUUCGGACCAUCGAGCUUUACUCUUGUCAGAAAAACCAUAUGUUCGUCAUAGUCGACCUUUAUUCCGGUUUGAUGCCCGGUGGGCAGAUAACCCGGAGGCCAAAGCAAUGGUGACUUAUGUUUGCCAUGAGAAUAUCUCAGGCACGCCUAUGUUCCAACUUUGGGAAAAGCUUAAGAAGCUUAGGCAUAUGCUUUAUGACUGGAGUAGAGCGGGUACUACCAACUCCCUCCGUAGUAUUCACACCCAGCAGGCAAAAAUUGAUAGGAUCAAAUCCAUUGCCCCCAUUGAUUGGGAUGAGGUGAGAAUUCUGGAUUCAGAACUCAGUAGGCAAUGGGAGGCUGAGGAGGUCUAUUGGCAACAAAAACCAAGGGUUCGAUGGCUAAAAAAGGGGGACCAAAACACUUCGUACUUCCAUACGGUGACAAGGGCUCGCCGUAAACAGAAUUUUGUGUCAGGCCUCCGGAAUGAGAAUGGGGAGUGGGUGACCGAGGAUAUAGGUAAGGCGACAAUUGCCACUGAUUUCUACCAAAACCUUUGUACCUCGGAAACCCAGGUGCUAAAUAUGACAGAGCGGGUUGCUGAACUCUCGAUAGCUAGUCGGGUUACUGAAGCCAUGAACGCUAGUCUUACUGCUGAAGUUCUUCCUAGUGAGGUUAGAAGAACUGUCUUUGCCAUGGGCUCAAAACAACACCAGGAUCGGAUGGAUUCACGGGAAAGUUCUUUAAAGCCUACUGGGAUAUAGGCGGAGACUCUGUUUCUGAGGCAGUCUGCUCGUUUUUUUCAACAAGUAGAAUGCUCCGUAGCUUCAACCAUACCUGGCUCACGCUUAUCCCAAAAGUGGACAGUGUUGAAACUAUGAAACAGUUACGGCCUAUUAGUUUGUGCCAGUUUGUCUACAAGAUCAUUACUAAAAUUAUGGCGGAAAG